UGGGUGAUAGCAGUGUGUAGCGCAGACUGCGUUCGAUUCACUACGCCGGCCGAUUAUUCGCACGAAUAUGUGAACUUGGUGAGAGUGCUUUUAAAACUGCCGACAGAGUGCGUCGAUUUUCGUAUAAGCGCCACGCUGCGUCAUCGGUGAUUUUGCAUUUUUGUAUGAAUAAACAUAUUACGUAUAUUCCCAAGGCCUUUUCCCGACUUCUGAUAGAGCACGGUUUUUCCGUGUAUCUCAGAAUUCUAGCUUCGAAUAUCAGAGGACAUUUUUCUCGGCUUUGAAUCUCAUCUUAAAUGUCGGGUUAUUAAUACUGUAACGAAUUUUUUAUAGUAAUUUUAGAAACAAUAUUUUAUUAAGCUAUUUUAUCUAGAGGUGCAUCUGCAUAGUAUAGUAGUAUACAAUCAUUUGUUUACAACUGUUUGAAAUGGAGUUUUGCUGUGGAAUAGAUCAUUUUAAUUCAUAGCAUGUUCCAGCUGGAUAAUCAACGUUUCUAGUGUCUUAAAAAUUUAAAACAUAUUUUUCGAUAAUUUAUUUUAGAUAAUCCGUGCUGUAGAAAAUGUUAGGAGGAACUUUUCAUUAAAGUGUCUCAAUUUUUUUUAUCUAAAUAUUUAGAAGACGGGUUACUUUUGCACAGUAGUAUUUAGCUUAAGUUAACCCAUGCCAACAACGAAUUCGAAAAACGAGCAAAAUCCUCAGACACAUGCAGUUAGUAACGGAAGUGCCCUUUCAACAGAUGCUUGCUUGCUGUCAGUUCCAUUGGUUGGUACCGAGAAUUGUGUGUCUUCAACAAAUAGCAAUGGUAAUGGUGUUCUGGAAAAUGAUAGAGCUACCGAAGUAUUUGCUCAAAACGCUUCUGGGACUUCGCAUCGAAGCCCCCAGGUGAAAUUUCAGUUACCAGGCACAUGUGAUUCAGAAGUUUCUAAUAAAAAGUUCCUGGGUGGUGUUAAUAUUGCCAACGGGGAUUUCGGAUCAGACACUGCAGAAAACAAACACGAUUCAUCUUCUUCAUCAUUUCAUAAUCAUAUGCCAGAUUCUGAAAUUUCUAAUGGAAGUUAUGAGAAAACGUCCGCACUUAGUGAUAGCCAAUCAGGAUCUCCUGGUAAGCACAAACCAACGUCCACUCUCAGUCCACAUCAUAACUUAGGUUCAUCUGAAUGUUAUGACAUCUCAUCCCAAACUCAGGUAUUCGGAAGUCACAGUGACUCUUCCAGUGAUACAUUCCGCUGUAUUGACACUUCAGACAACAACAAAACAUGUGAUUCAUCUUUGGAGGAUAAAGAUUCUCCUAUCGAGGGAGCAUGUAGUGCAAAUCCUACCCUGUGGUUAGGAGAUGAUCAAAUGCUGCUGCUUCCUGGCAAAGGAAGAUCUGAAGAAACAGACUCAAACUCUGGCACAAGUGAAACUAAAUCGUUUGAAGGACUUCUGUCACCCAAUGGUACCAGUAUUCUGUGGGACGAAGAUACAGAUUGGAUACUUCUGUUUGAUAAUAUGAUUCGAUAUGCAGACAGGAAGCAGCAGCGUACUACACGAUCAUGUGGAUGUAGAGGAACGAGAACGGAUGAUGAAACCGACUCAAAAUCACAGCACUCUGAAAGCAGUGAAGCUGAUGGGUCAAGUAUCAGUAAGUCUGUUUCAAAAAGAGCAAGUAGUGCUCCUCCAGCUAGAAGAGGUAUUUUCACAUCUUCCAAAUCUCUCCCCACUACAACAACCCCCAAAAGGAAGCCAAGUUUGAAGAGUGCAACAAAACCUAUGUCUUCAGGUGGCGGUGCUGGAGGAGCAGAUGAAGAAAUGUUUAUCAAGUCAUUUGAAGAUGUUCCAAGAUUGACGCUCUAUUCAGCCAAGGAGCUUGAGACUGAACUCACAAAAAUCAAAGAUAUCUUAGGUGAUCCAAGUAAUGACUGGGAAAAACGUGUUGAAAUGUGCAAACGCGUUAGAAGUUUACUUAUAGCUGGUGGUCAUGAGUAUGAUGAAUUUUAUCCAUAUUUGAGGCAACUUGAGCUACCCUUCCAAAACUGUGUUAAGGACUUGCGGUCUCAAGUUGUUAGAGAAGCUUGUAUAACCAUUGCAUAUCUUUCUCAGCAAUUAGGAACAAAAUUGGAUCACUUUGCUGAAACAUUGUUGCCAUCACUUAUUAACUUAAUUCCAAAUAGUGCCAAGAUAAUGUCUACUGCUGGAAUAGUUGCCAUACGUUUUAUAAUCAGGUAUACACAUGUCAGCCGGUUAAUACCUAUUAUUACUUCUCAUCUUUCUUCAAAGUCAAAAGACAUUAGAAAAACAUGUUUUGAAUUUUUGGACCAACUCCUUGUGACAUGGCCUACUCAUCCAAUGGAAAAACAUGUUGGUAUUCUCACAGAUGCUAUAAGAAAAGGCAUCAGUGAUGCUGAUCCCGAGGCUCGUGCAUUCUCCCGAAAGGCAUUUUGGAGUUUUGCAGAUCAUUUCAGAGAACAAGCUGAUAGCCUUUUAAAUUCUCUAGACAACAGUAAGCAGAGAAUGCUUCAUGAUGAACUUACUAUGAGUAAUUCUUCCAGUAGUAGCUCACUUACUCAGAGUGGCAAGCCAUAUCGUUCAACUGUGUCCAAUCAUGCUGGCUCUGUAGAAAACCUGAGCCUUGGCCGCACUGGAACACUAGGUAGACGUACAGGAAUUUCUAACUUACCAAACUCCAAGACAGAUGCUUCCUCAGGCAUCCCCACUCGAUUGAGGUCAACUAGUGCUAUUGAUUUGUCCGCUGUUAGGCGUGCCAAAGCUCGAGCUGCAUAUUCUACUGUUGCAAACCUUACUAGAGGUUCUGGGGCUUCUCUUCUUUGUGCUCGAAAUCCAGCGAGAAGAAAUGAAUCAUCUGUUCAUGCCAUUACAUCUCCUGAAAGAGUAAUAAAAUCACGUCCAAGAGGAUCAUCUCAAUCACAGCCAAGCAGUAGGCCUGAUUCUCCUUCAUCAAGAUUAAGCUAUGCAACAUAUUCCACUACGGAUGGCAAAGGUAGAACACGUAAUAAAUCUGGAAUACCCAUAGCAACUAGUAGAGAAGCAAGUCCAACAAGGAGUGGCUAUGCUCAUGAGCGAAGGUUAAGUGGCUCUCGAAUGAAAUUAAUUGGUGCUGGGGAGAAGUAUCCUUCUUUACCUUCCACUGCAGUUCCCUUAAUGGCUGAGAGAACUCUUCAGCAAAGCAGAGAAGCAGAGGUUGCAGUGGCAGAUGCAUUGAGAGCACCCACGCGAAGGCGAUACAAUGCAUUUGAUGAUCAAUCUGAUGAAAGCGAAACUUCCAGUGUGUGUUCUGAUAGGUCUUUUAGUUCAUUUGGUAGAAGUGUGGAUGAUAUUAGUGAAGUUAUACACAAUCUUCAUAGUAUUCAUUGGUCUGACCGAAAGGAGGGCCUUCAAGCACUACAGGCAUAUCUCCGUUCUGGCCGCAUGUUAUCCACUAUUGAAUUGAAGAAAGUCACUGAUAUAUUCUCAAAAAUAUUUAUGGAUCCACAUACGAAGAUGUUGGUUUUUUCUUUGUUUCUGGAUGCCUUAGAUGAGCUUAUAGUUAUCCAUAAAAAUGAUUUGCAUUCUUGGUUAUAUGUGCUACUUACGCGCUUAUUUUUAAAGAUGGGUGGUGACAUCCUAAGUUCUGUUUUAGCAAAAAUUCAAAAAACACUAGAAUUGGUCAAAGAAUCAUUUCCGUAUGAAAAUCAGUUUGCUGCUAUAGUAAAAUUUUUGAAUGACCAAACUCAGACUCCUAAUACAAAGGUUAAAAUUGCAUUAUUAAAGUAUCUCCAUUCUUUAAUAUCUGACAUGGAUCCAAGCAAGUUUUCUAGUGCCAAUACUGAAGUUAGAUUUGCUUUCAUGAAAGUAAUAUCAUGGACUGCAAUGCACAAGAGCAGUGAUUUGCGAAAGUAUGGAGAAGAUGUUCUUGUAGCUCUUUUCAGUUUAAAUCCUGCUGAAUAUUCUACUUUUAUUGAUCAGUUGCCAAAAGCUUAUAAAGACAGUGCAUUUCAGCUACUGCAUUCUCGCUAUCCUCGUUCUAAUUCAGAGACUCCUAGGUCAGUUGGGAAUAGAACUUCUCCGUGUCCUGUGAUGUCACAUCUUCAGUCUCCUAAUUCACCAUGGCCUCGGAGUCAUAGUGGUACACCCCAGAACAGAUCUUUUGAAUAUGAUGACACUGAAAACUUAAAUCCUGAAGAAAUCAGUAAUUCAUGGAAGAAAACUAUGUCUGAGAUAGAGGAAUAUAAAUCAGAUGAUUAUUAUGAUAAAUUUUCAGAUAAAAUAAUUCGAGAAUCACCUUCUCGCAGCAUCAGUUCAAGGCACAAUAGUCUUGAUGGUCGCUUUGACAAUCUUGUUGAUCGCCUAGAACUUGAUUCCAGUGCUGAUUCAUCGCCCACUAAAAGAUCUCCAUCUGAUUAUGGUAGCAUAAAUUUCUCUAGAACUGAAGGAAUUCUCUAUGAAAAAGAAACAUCAGAAACUCCCUCUGAAGCUGAUAAUGAAAUUGAUGGUUUGUUGAUUAACAAUCACAGAACCAUAUACUCCAUUGUAGAUGAACUUAAUCAGAGCUCUCGGAAUGAAAAGAAAAUACAUGCUUUAGGUCGAUUAAUUAGCCUUGCCAAAGAGCAGUCUUCAAUCAUCUCAAAUGAAGAUUUUCGGAAGAUCUUACUUGAAGUGAUACAGACUGUAGAAGAUACAUCGGUCUCUGUGAAAACAUUGGCUCUGAAAGCACUACGUGAACUCAUUAAGACAAAAGCAGAUUAUUUCCAAGACUAUAUAGAGCUCACAUUGCUGAGGAUAUUAGAAGCACACAAAGAUACUGAUAAUGAUGUUACAAAGAUAGCUGAGAUGUGUUCUGCUGUAGCUGCUGUGAAUUUGCCACCAGAUCAGUGUGCACGUACUCUGAAAGCUUUGAUUUUGACUGGCCAGAUGCCUCUCAACCAAGCUGCCAUUAAAAUGUUAACUAAGUUAGUAGAACAUCAUCCAAAGCAGACUGUAUUGAAUUUAUUACCAGAAAUCAUGCCAGCACUUAAAAAAGCAUAUGACAACAAUGAAAGUCCUGUGAGAAAAGCUGCAGUGUUUUGCAUGGUAGCUAUUCAUUGUAAAGUAGGAGAGGCAAUGCAGCCCCAUUUGGUAAACUUAAAUAGUUGCCAGAUGAAACUCCUAAAUAUUUAUAUCAAGAAAGCCCAGACUCAAAAUACUGGAAAUGGUAGUGCUCCUGGAUCUCCUGGAAACCCUCCAUCAUCUUCUAGCAGUCAUUAAAGCAAUCAGAAACAAAUUUGUGAUUGGAUUACUUAGAUAUAUACAAAAUGGUGAAUAACAGCGGAUAUACUGAGUAUAUAUACUGGUUAAACUUGCAUCAAACCUUAACAGUGAGCUCAUUUAGGCUGUAUCAACAUAACCAGUUGCUGAAUAAAACAGUCAUUUGCUGUAGAUACUUUAAAUGAAAGGCUUAAUAUUCUAAAUGCAUUUUUCAGUUUCUGUAUGGCUUAUGCACUCUUCUGGUUUUUAUAUGUAAAGUAUGGUUGCAUCUUGUUAAUAAUUUUCAGAUAGCUGCAGAGAAUAAUGAAAGUGUUUAGUUUUUGCUUACAGGUGUAUAAUAAAAAAUUGAUCUUUUGAACUUUGUUUUUUUUUUUGGGUUCUGCUAGUCUUGCAGAGAUAUUCUUAUUAAUUCUUUUUUCAAAGAAAUAAUCUCUUUUUGUAAUUUUUUUAUGUCUUAAUCAUGAUUUCCAAGGACUGACUUAAUGUAUAUAGCAUUCCAGAUGAUAUUUAACACAUUUUUUAGAACACAAAAUGCAUAGUUAUGUGACUGAUUGAGAGCCUGUGUUUAUUGUAUGUUUUACGUGUUGCAUGUUGAUGCAUUUGAUGAAGAUUGAAAAUUUCUUCGAUCAUAUUAUGGUUAAUAAAUAAUUAAAAUUUUUGGAACAUUUAGUUUCACUGAUAAGCCACAUGGAUAAGUGAUAGGGCUAAAUAUUUUACACUCAUUCACAUUUCAGUGAUACAGAUAUGGAAAAAAGAAUUACUAUUGUCUUUCUUGAUGAAGUUUCUGUUAAUGAUGAUUUCACUGUCUGUGUAGCUGAAAUUCUGAUCAUGCUGGUGAUUCACAUUUUGAAGCUUUUGAAAUGAACUUUAGAAGUGUGCUCAUAAUUCCUUAUAAUUUUUAUAUACUAUGUAUAAUUGUUGUUCGUACCUUGUCUCAAAUGGAGUAUAGAAUUACUGUGCUGUAUCUUGCCCCUAACUUGUGCUUUGAAAUUACUUACUAUCCUGAAGCUAAAAUGCAAGAUUUUUUAAAUUUCAACUAUGCUUAAUAAGAGUGUGAAUAAUUCUGCAAAUUAUUUCCUAGACUUUAAUUCUAACAUUAUUUUACAUACUUGCAGAUUAUGCUGCAACAUAUAAGAAAUUGUAGUAGUAGUUAGUGGGAUGAUUUUUUCUAUUUUUUAUAAUUUAUUUCGGGAUUGACAUACAUACAUGAAUAUUUCUAAGUAUAUUUACAUUUGUAAGAAACUAGUUUUAUCUCAGAAAUAUCAAAAUUUGAAUCAAAUACAAAUUAUUUGACUCAUUCAUUGAAAGAAUAGUGAAUGUUGUUUAAGAUUUUUAUAACUACCUCUUUGUUUAAAAAUAUAUAAUUUCUGUAGCUUGAGUGAUUGAAUGUGAGUAAAAUGCCAAGAGUGCUGUGUUCUACUGUGAUAAUAAAUAUACUUCAUUUGUUUGCUGCUAUUCUUUAGAGCAUAAAUCCUUGCCAAAAUCGGAAGAGAAUAUGAAAAAUAAACAUUGACCACAAAGGAAGUCGUUUAUGAAAAAUCCUUUCAUUCAUUAAGAAGAUUACAUCAACACUACUUUUUUACUUAUUUUUUGCCAUCUGUUAAUACUGAUGCUAGGUUUACUUGCAAACAUUGUAAGAAUUUCUUUUAUUAGGAAACUUCAAAUACUAAUAAAUUAACAAACACAAUUUUAACAUUUUCUUUCGUCAUUGUAUUGUUAACUGUAUUUAUUUUUAAUAUCUGAAAUUUUCUGAAAAAAAAGAUUAUUUGUUCUACUAAAUUGUAUACUGUAGUGCAUAAAUAAUUAAGAUCAUUGUUUUUGAAAUCAUAAAUGUUUUUGCAUAUUACUAUUUGGUAUCUUUUAAUUCAUGUAAAAAACACCAUGCAUAUUUUCUUUUAUAGGAAGUUUUAUGGCAAUUGUUUUAAUGAUUAAUUUUAUGUGUAUAUAAUGAAAAUGGCUUUAGAUUAUUUUUUAAAAAGUAAAUGUCUUAACAAAGUGCCAUCAUUUCUAAAUAAAGUCUUCACAACAUGCUGUAGCUAUGCCAUGAUUCAAUUCAUUGUUAUCAUCCAAUCAGUGACAUUUUCUUUAUUUGCUAAAUGUUAAAAAUACUUUUGCUUUGUAUAGUGUACAUUUUAUCUCUAAAAUAAACUUGUGCAAAGUUUUC